AUGCAUAUACACUUCUCGAAUUUUUGUCCUAUUUUCACGAAAGCGAUUCCGGAAUCAUUACACUGGUUUGCGUACAAUUCCGAUACUCAUUUGCCAAACAACGAUCGAUUUACUCCCAUUGCCAUCAGAAAGACAUCAGCACAGUACAGGCGCCUUCUAUCUUUCAGCAUGAAACACACACUUCCUACUGGCUCAAUACAAACAAAAUCUACUCCCAUCCGAGCACUCCUGACAAAACAAACAAAGUUAAGCAGUAGCGUUAUGGAAGCUCCUGCAAAACUCGUGAAACAAGAUAUCGUCGCACGAGUAUCGUCUCUGACGAGUCCAACGAAAUCCCAAUAUACGGUGCGAAAUAAUUUCAAAGCAGUAAAUGUUAAGCGAGUGUCAAAGAAAACGAUCUACGAUCAUAGUUAUUCGCGUCAGCCAGUCAUAACAUCGACAACGAGCAACGUGGAUAUAAAAAUUAUUUCACCUGAGCCAUCGCAUCCGUCUCCGUUAGACUCUGACUAUGAUCAUCAUGUAUCCGUCGCUCGAUCUAACGAACAUUCGUUUGAGCUUCUACAGUUGAACAAAUCGAAUAAGGACGGCAAGUUUUCGCAGUGUUCACAUUAUACAUCUUCAAAGGUAAAAAAGAACAUAUUGGAUAUUAACUCGUUGCCUCACAAUCAAUUCACAAGUCACCGACCAAGAAUGACUUCCGACAUCACAACCGAUAGAAUAAUAAGAAAUGAUCAUAAAAAACGCAAAAUGUAUGCAGCUCGUUUUCCUCUUUGGUGUGUAAUCCUGUCCUGCAUGUGCUUUGUUUUCCUAGCACUUGUUAUUGCUGCGAUUAUUGCACUCACUAUAGUUUUAACAAAGACCAAGACAACAACUUCAACGACACUUCCAACGGUAUCAAUGACCACGACCACUCCUGGUGUUUAUUGUGCUACUACUUGUACGGGUAGUUUUAAUUCGUCUGCCUCAACCACGUGUGGUCUGUAUUGUGAUGACGGUGGCGGCUACUAUUGUCGUCCCACUUCGACUUAUUGCGCUGGUAAAUAUUUUAGUCCAACUGGCUUUGGACAUUGUGACCCUGCGAGUAGUCAGUAUACAGGCCCUUGUAAUACUACUGAUCAUUGCUGUGUUUACGAUAAUUUUAUUCCUGACUAUUAUUGUCUCAGUCGGAGUUCAUGUGGUUUCAGUGGAUAA